AUGGAAGAUUCAGAGGAGGAAGAGUUUCUGAAUCUUACUCUUUCGAUUGCUGCAGGUAAGGAGAGGACAAAGAAAGGAAGGACAAGGGAUGCAAAUGCUAAUUCUAUUGUUUUUCCAAUGAAUUCCAAUGAAGGGUACGAAGGGAAGAUCUUUAGGCUCCUUCAAAUGAGGGAGCUGAUGCUAAGAGAAGAUCAAAGAAGAAAAGGAGUGGUUGAAGAUGGGAAUAAUGGGCUUCCCUUGAUUCAUCUGCUUCUUUCAGCCGCCACUUCUAUUGAUGAAAGAAACCUCUGUGCAGCUCUAGAGAAUCUCAUUGACUUGUACCAAACAGUUUCCCUAAUAGGUGAUUCAGUUCAACGUGUGGUGGCCUAUUUUGCUGAUGGUUUGGCUGCAAGGCUUCUCACAAGAAAGUCCCCUUUCUAUGACAUGGUCAUGGAAGAACCAACAAGUGAGGAAGAGUUUCUUGCAUUCACAGAUCUCUAUAGAGUCUCACCUUAUUACCAAUUUGCUCACUUCACAGCAAACCAGGCUAUUUUAGAGGCCUAUGAAGAGGAGGAAGAGAAGAACAAUAAAGCACUUCAUGUCAUUGACUUUGAUGUCUCUUAUGGCUUCCAAUGGCCUUCUCUUAUUCAAUCACUUUCUGAAAAGGCAACCAGUGGCAACAGAAUAUCCUUCAGGAUAACAGGUUUUGGGAACAACCUGAAAGAACUACAAGAAACUGAGGCCAGAUUAGUUAGCUUCUCAAAGGGGUUUAGUAACCACCUUCUGUUUGAAUUCCAAGGGAUGUUAAGAGGCUCAUCAAGACUCAUCAACAUAAGGAAAAAGAAAAAUGAAACUGUGGCAGUCAACCUUGUUUCUUACUUGAACACUUUGAGUAGUUUCAUGAAGAUUUCUGACACAUUGGAAUAUGUUCAUUCUCUUAGCCCCUCCAUGGUGGUGUUGGUGAAACAAGAAGGUAGCAGGAGUGUUAAGACCUUCUUGUCAAGGUUCACCGAGUCUUUGCACUAUUUUGCAGCCAUGUUUGAUUCACUAGACGAUUGCUUGCCACUUGAGAGCACUGAGAGGUUGAGGAUUGAGAAGAAGCUUUUGGGGAAAGAGAUCAAAAGCAUGCUAAACUAUGAUAUGGAUGGAAUGGAUUGCCCAAAGUAUGAGAGGAUGGAAACAUGGAAAACAAGAAUGGAAAAUCAUGGGUUAAUUGGAAGAAAAAUUAGCUCAAAGUGCGUGAUCCAAGCAAAGCUGCUUCUGAAGAUGAGGACCCAUUAUUAUCCACUACAGCUUGAGGAAGAGGGUGGAAGUGGGGGUUUCAGAGUUUCUGAAAGGGAUGAAGGAAGAGUUAUCUCUUUGGGGUGGCAAAAUAGGUUUCUUCUUACAGUCUCAGCAUGGCAACCAGUUUGA